UGUUUUUGUUCAAUGCACACUCACACAUUGAUUUGAUGAUAAAAAAUUAGAUCGAAAAUUGUGUCAAUUUGUUGCGAAAUUUUUUUUUUAAUUUAUUAAUUAACAAUCAAAAAUAGUGGCCAACGAAAUUAAUAGUCGAAAACGAUCUCGAAAUUCAAGCGACGUUUUCGAAGAAGAAAAAGAAGAAGAAUCUACCACAACAGUACAAGCUAAACGUUUGGAUCUGAAGCAAACUGAAAAAGAAGAUUGUAACAAUCAGACAAUGGACAACAACAGUGGUGGUCAACCGAUGGCCAAUGGUGGAAAAUCUAUCAAAUUGACCAAUGGAUCAAAUAAUGAUGGAAAUCGACAUCAAUCAAUGAAUGGCAGUAGUGUUGGUGGUGGUAAUCAAAAUCCAUUAAUAAUGACCAUACGUGGUGAUGAUCGUCCAAUUGAUUUAAUUGAUGAUAAUAGUGAUGAUUUAUUUAAUGAUUCCUAUAUGGAUAUUGAUACUGAUCCUGGAAAUGGUGGUAAUAUUGGCGGUGGUCUUUAUAGUCCAAUGAUGAUGUCACAUAUGAAUUGUUCACAACCACGAUCAUUAUUAGCGUCACAUUGGGAUGAUGGAAUUCUUAUGGGUCCCGAUAGUGGUUGUAUUGGCGGUGGUGGUGGUAAUAUACCAACAUCACAACGACAACAAUUGAUGGCCAAAUUAAUACAUCAGGAUUUUUUUAAUAAAUUUGAUGAUCUACUUGAUAAUGAUGAUCUCCAAUGAAUGAAAAAUGCAAAAAGAAAAAUAUUUGUCAAAAACAAAACAAACAAAUGGAAUAUAUCAAAUGUUUCCAUUCUCUCAUUAUCAUCAAUUAAUCAAAAUAUUGAUCGACAAAUGUUUUUUUUCCCAUGUGAUAUUUGUUGUUGA